AUGAUUCGUCUACUCGCAUUGAUUCCGCUCCUGUUCUACACCUCCCGAGCUGACAUCUGCUCGUACUGCUCCUGCGAUCGCCACACCAAGUCAGUGACCUGUAAUUCGCCCACUCUGCUGAUUCGCACCGUCUCAUUGCUCCCAUGGAUCGAACAGGUCCAUUUGAUCGGCCUCAACUUACCCCAUCCUCCGCACUUCCUCUUCCACCCUGCACUUCGAGUGCUACGUAUCAACCGAUGCGGCCUGCAGUCCCUUUCGGCUCAUUCGCUAUUACCUCUACCUAAUUUGGAGGUACUCGAUUUGGCUGAGAACCAUUUGGAUACUCUGCCCGCCACUAUUCUGCGGAGUCUGAAGCGACUUCGGGUCGUCAACUUAUCUAGGAAUCGCCUCUCGAACCUCUCACAGUUCUCGCCAGUACUGGCCGAGAAUGUGGUGCUGGAACAACUUGACCUCAGCGGGAAUCCGCUUGCCCUCUCGACAAGCACCGUCUCUCUGCCGCCAUCUGAGCAGCUCCUACUAUCCGCUGCAAAUCUGGCCUUCAUCAACUCCUCGGCUAUCGUAUUCCACCCCUCCACCACCUGUCCAAUGGAUGUUGGCUGUCGUAUUCUGGCCUUCUCUGCUGCUGAUUUUGGUCGACUCAACGCCUUUGACGUCUCCAAUAAUCGGCUUAGAAUCGACAAUUCUGCUCUCACAGCUCUCACCAACGCCUCCCACCUCGACUUCUCCUACACUCACCUGCCACCGGGAUUCGUCAAUUGGCUGGUGGAUGAAAGCCGCACCAAGUCGCUGAAUCUCUCCCACGCUGAGCUGCACCUCAACGACGAGAGUUGGUCCUCAUGCGGCCACGAGUUGAAAACGCUGGACAUCACCGGUUUACGGCUUAAACGACUCCAUCUUCUGAAAAACUGUGUAUUGACUACCGUAUUCGCUAGAGAUAAUCUGCUUGAGACCAGCUGGCUGGAAGCGGUCUCGCUGGAGGCGCUCCACCUGGACAGAAAUCUCUUCACUGACUGGCCCAUCCUGCCUCCCGGAGUGGCUCUCGAUCGACUUCGCUCGCUGACCCUCUCGUCCAACUUGCUCACCUCCCUGCCUCCACAUGCUCUAUCCCAAUUCCCAAAUCUGCAGCAUCUGGACGUUUCCCGAAAUCAGAUCAGCGAAAUCGAUCAUCUCGCCUUCCCCACUCUGGGAAUGCAGCUCGUCUCUAUUGAUCUGUCCUUCAAUCAAUUAUCGAUUCUGCCACAUCCUGUAUUACCGUCGCUUAUUUAUUUGGAUGUAUCUAGCAAUAAUCUCGUCACGAUGGAUUCGGCAUUAUUCGCUGGUCUUCCGCUGCUACAGCACCUGAAGCUGGCCAACAAUCCACAGAUUUUCACGCGAUGUGAGGAGCGCUGCUGGUCGGACCAUUUGGACGAGUUGACCGGCCUGACUGAUCUCGACCUGUCUUACUGCGAUCUUUCACGAGCCCUGCACCUGUCACACCUUCAGUCCUUGCGAACGCUAUUGCUUCGUGGGAACCAGAUCGUGAACAUGAACGCUGACGACCUGCCACCCAACCUGUCCACCUUGGACCUGGGCGAGAAUCGCCUGCAUUUCACUCGGAACUUCUCCAGACUGCGUUCUCUUCGGGACCUUCGAGUCGACACAAAUCCUUUGCGAUGCGACUGCAGCCUGCACGACAUCGUACCGCACCUUCUAAACCAGACACAGAUCACCGAUCCACAGCUCUAUUACUGUUUCUCUGGCUCAUGGCAGUAUCCUUUGUUACCCUACCUUACCGGGGUAACCCCCUGUCGAAAUUCAACCGCUCAGUUUAUUCCGGUCCUGGUGAGCACAUUCGCCUUCUCUAUCAUUAUUAUCUGUCUGCUUCUCUUGGGCGUAAUCGGCUACAAACGCUACGGCCCCCUCAUGAGUCACACCUACCAACGUUUGGCUACCGAUUUCCCAACCAGACUGUAG